AUGACGUGGAUAUCUGUGAUCAGAAGUCAUGCAGAGCUCAUUGUUAAUGAUGGUAUUGUAUUCUCAGCUUUUGAGAAAUUUUGCAAGAAAGCUCCACCUUUUGGUUCACAAGAGGCACAGCUUAGUCAGAACCUGCGCAACUGCAUCCCUGAUGAACACUAUAUCCAAACAUUACUUACGAUGCGUGGACUAGAGAGUGAAAUGGAACCAAGAACACUGACGUACACUGUAUGGGACGUCUCGGGUUCAAAACAUGGAGCCAAGUCUUGGCAUCCCGUCACAUUCACAUAUGAAAACUCCGGCCCUGAGGAUCUACAAGAAAUAAAGAGUAUAAACCAUGUCAAUUACGAGUCUGAAUCACGAACAGACUGGUGUAAGGCCGACUCAAAACCUGUUCCGUGCUUUCUCUUUGCAAGGAAAUUUACCAAAGAAGCAGCUAUGCGCUGGAACAGUAGAUAUCAGUAG